UCAACGCUUACCUCAAAGAGUCGACUCAAAGAGUCGAUACGUUUGCAAACGACACCUCAGGUUCUUAGACAAUAUGGCGGCGCUCAUGCGGUGCAUGAGAAGUGUGUGUAGGAAGCUAGAACCAGCUCUGAUGUUAAGACAAUCUACAAGUUUUUCUUCUUCAUGUUUCGAGGAGGACUUAAUGAACCUGAAGUCAGGAGAGAAACACGUGCAGGAUGAUGAAGGCGCAGAGGGACGCAUACACGUGUGCUGUCCUUCAGCACUGGAGUCCACGCCGGAGGACAAGCUCAGAAAUGCGGGUCACAAGCACAGAGACACGACGAGGAAAGUGUCACAGUCACGUCGUGAGACACAAACGAGCACACGACCAACUUCCGCUUUGUCUCCCAAAGUCCAUGUGGAAAGUUUGCGCUAUGAGAAAGCGAAGUGUGAUGACAAGAGAGUGAUACGUUUAGUGCAUUUAGCUCGUUCGAAGAAGCUUCGUGAGCAACAAGGCAAAAUUCUCCUGGAAGGAAGACGUCUGAUUGCUGAGGCCCUGGAGGCAGGGGCUUCGCCACUCGCUGUCUUCUUCAGUGCGAUGGAGAGACUUCAGGAGCUUCCUGUAAACAAACUCGCACAAGCCAGCUUGGUCAAGGUCAAGCUGGAGGACGUCCAAAUCUGGCCAGAUCAUGACGCCAAAAUCGACAUGAUAGCUGUCUUCAAGCGUCCAGAGGCGUCCCAGAUGUGCUUCCCCGAGGAAAGGUGUGGGAAGCCGUUGCCUUUGACGCUCAUCUGUGACAAUUUACGGGAUCCGGGGAACCUCGGUGUGACGUUGCGCUGUGCCGCCGCCGCUGGAUGCCACAGUGUGCUCCUCAGUACAGGUUGUGUGGAUGUCUGGGAGCCCAAGGUUCUCCGUGCCGGCCUGGGUGCCCACUUUCGCCUUCCCAUGAUCCCAAAUCUAUCCUGGACUAAUAUUCAGACUCUCCUUCCUCCAAACGCGAUCGUCCACGUAGCUGACAACUCGGGCGUCUCCGAGACCGAGCCGGAACUCGCAGGAGCAUCUCAGCGGGCGAAAAAAGCCGGAGACUACGGAUGGACGAGCAGCCGGCGUAUCUCCAGGAAAGCUUAUUGUGAAGACGAGGAUGAAGAGGAAGAGGUGGGCGGAGCUAGGCAGGAGGUAGGACCGGGUUUAAAGACGCAGCCUUAUCAUUCGAACUGGACUGGCAGCCAUGUGGCUGUCGUGAUUGGUGGAGAGACUCACGGUUUGAGCCUGGAAGCCUUGCGGUUGGCCGAGGAGACGAAGGGGCGGAGAUUAUUCAUCCCCAUGGUGCGAGGAGUGGACAGUCUGAAUGCCGCCAUGGCUGCGAGCGUGCUGCUGUUUGAGGGGAGGAGACAACUGAGUGAGAGCUGAAAGGACACGGUUACCAUGGCGACAGUUACAGGAAAGGUUCUAAAAAAGAUAAAUCCACAGAGUUGAAUUCUCAAGUCUGAUUCUUUUGAAGCCGUCGAUUAAUUUCCCAUAUCAGCGGCUCAGACGACACAGCACUAAAUAAUGAUCUGUGAUGAGUAAUAAAGAAUGAUUCAUUAUUCAUCCAUACAGAUUGUAGACCUGCUGUUCCGGAACAUUCCUGUUUCAGUAAAGUCUCAUCUGAUUUUA